AUGAAUGCGCCGUGGCUGCAGAUGCUCCACGGGAGUCAACGGAGCGGGUCGGACAGCAGAAGGAUUGAGAACGCCGGAACCAGAGCCAGCAUGGGAUCCGUGCAGAUCCUGCCCACGGAGAGGCUGUCCACAGCACGGGGCAGUCACAGAAAGGAGGUCUAUCAUUCGGCCCUGGAGGAGGUGCAGAAGAGGGAGGAGCAGAGACGGAGAGAGCGGCUGGCUGACAGGAUAGUCAGGAAGGACGAGGAGAAGCUGGAGAUGCCCAGAGACAUGGAGCACAGGGGCGUGGCCUCCACACAAACUCUGGCAGAGGAGAAGGAGGGGAGAUAUAUCUGGAAUCAGAAGGACCUGGUAACGCUGCGGUGGGCAGUCCGCGAAGUUGAGCGAGACCGGCGCAGGCUGAGUGCUCGGCUCCAGCUGGCCCUGGCGCAGGCUGAGGCGCAGCGGGGGGAGCGGAGGAGGCUGCAAGGGCUGCUGGACGAGCGGGAGGCACAGCUAGCCCUCGCAAGUCGCGAGGCUGCGUGGCAGAGCCAGCGCGUGGAAGCCCUGCGAGGGCAGGCCCGCGAGAGGGAGGCGCACUUGGAGGCCUGGGCCGCGGAGCUGCGGGGGAAGGCGGAGGAGGUCAGCAAGGUGCGGGAACGGCUUAGGAGGGCCGAGGAGGAGGCACGGGAGCUGAGGGCGGAGAAGGCGGACAUGGCCCACGAGCUUGAGGUGCUGAAGCGGCACCUGGAAGCGGAGAGGCAGGGGAGGGAGAUGGCCACCCGGGCAGAGCAUGACACCGCCUUGCAGGAGCUGCAGGAGGAGCUGGAAGUGGCCCGGGAAGAGCUAGAGGCGGAGCGCCAGAGGCACGCACGCAGCCGCAUGGCCCUGGAUGUCCUACGCAGGCACUGUGAUGGCCAGACGGAGCCGUGGGAGCGCAGGCUGGCCGACGAGAUCACAUACAUGUAGCUCGGCGCCGCCAGACACAGGUGAGAGCAGCCAGAAGAUGCUCUGCCGGUUUCAUCAGAUCUGGCGCCGUUAAUGCAGUGGGGAGAAAAAAAGAAAAAAACGUCAUGUAGGUCAUCUGCGCAAUUAGAAGGGGAAUUUUAAGAUUAAGGACAUGCAGGAACCAAAUCCCAAAGCUUUUAUCUGCCGUUUAUCUGUCUGGAGAGUCCCCGCACGCUUCUUCUUUGAUGCGUAUCUGGGAAUGGUGCAGGGCCUGUUGCAGCCUGCCCCCAGUGAUGUCGGAUGGGGAGUUUCAGCCAUAGGCAGGACCCGGGUUCGGAGAUGGCCCAGACUCAUGUGCUUCUAUGUCCGCUGGAGUGACGUUAGACUGACUGUGGUUUACUGUGGGCUAUAUUAGAUUUCACUUUAGUUAUUCUUUAUUAUGCCUGUAGCACUAUCUAUUUAAAACGAGAACAUACAUGUUGGCUGCAGCAUUCGCUGGAAUUAAAAGCAGUAAAAAAAUAAAAACUUUUGAUGUUUGUUAUGAAUUAAUAAAGGCGCUAAAAAAUAGUGAUUCUAAUUGCACAUAACGUUUCUGUUAUUCUGUGAAACUUGGCUCUAAUUAAGCUCUGUUCUCACCACUUUCCUAGCUGAUCUGCAGAGGUCGGCAUCUCCUUCUGCUAGAGUUCGGAUCUUUGCAGUGUCUCAGCCACAUGGAAAUCAUGAUCAUUAAAUGGGUUUCUAGAACUUAGUUUUCAUGCAUUUAUGACUUGAUCAAGUACUCAGUUAUUAUGUAGGCUGUUAAUAUAGUCAGAUUGUGAAGAUUUCCUCCCCCAUGAACCUGUACUAGGUAAGUGGUUGGAAAAUGGAUGGACCUUUUCUCUAGAAAUUAUUUGUAUUGUAGAUUAUUUCAAUAAACGACAUCUGAAAACAA